CAUCCUCAGAUCUCUUUUCUUUUAUUCCUGUCUGUACUGCCUCACUCUUGAGCUCUACUGACUCCUAUCAAAUCACCCCUGAAGACAAUGGCCCAAAGUGGAGUCCCGGGACUAGGAUGUUUCAUUAUGGCUGUCCUGAUGAGCUUUCACCAAACAUGGGCUAUCAAAGAGGAGCAUGUGAUCAUCCAGGCUGAAUUCUAUCAGACCCCUGACCAGUCAGGCGAGUUUAUGUUUGACUUUGAUGGUGAUGAGAUUUUCCAUGUGGAUAUGGAAAAGAAAGAGACAGUCUGGCGGCUUGAAGAAUUUGGACGUUUUGCCAGCUUUGAGGCUCAGGGUGCAUUGGCCAAUAUAGCUGUGGACAAAGCCAACCUGGACAUCAUGAUGAAACGCUCCAACUACACGCCAAACAACAAUGAAUCUCCAGAAGUGACGGUGCUUUUGAACAGCCCUGCGGAAGUUGGACAGCCCAACAUCCUCAUCUGUUUCGUUGACAAAUUCUCCCCACCAGUGCUCAAUGUUACAUGGCUUAAAAAUGGAAAACCUGUCACCACAGGAGUGUCAGAGACAGUCUUCCUGCCCAGGGAAGACCACCUUUUCCGCAAGUUCUACUAUCUCCCCUUCCUGCCCUCAGUGGACGAGUUCUAUGACUGCCAGGUGGAUCACUGGGGUCUCGACAAGCCGGUCCUCAAGCACUGGGAGUUAGAAGUGCCAGCCCCCCUCCCAGAGACCACAGAGAAUCUGGUGUGCAUCCUGGGCCUGCUGGUGGGUCUGGUGGGCAUCGUUGUUGGCACCAUUUUCAUCAUCAAGGGCGUGCGCAAAGGCAAUGCUGUUGAACGUCGUGGGCCUCUGUGAGGCACCUGAGGGUUAUGGCCUUUCUUAGAAGAUCAAUGAAGAAAAUUCUGCUUUAAUAACUUUACAGAGUCAGCAAUACUCCAAUUGUUCACCUCAGUGAAGACAAGCAUUCUUCAGUACUUCCCACCCUAACAUCCAACCCCAAGGGUGGUGAUGCCUUCCUCUGAUCUCUCUAUACUCUAACAUCUAUUGGACUUAUCUGUCUAUUGUCCCUUCCUGUAUCUAUUUUCCCUCCAUUUCCUACAGUCAUUUUACCCCCAUGCAAUGCCUCUGGAAAAGAUUCUAUAGGAUCCCUUCUCCUCUUUGUAAUCUUCUGAACAUUCCACAGGGGCACCUCCUGUAUACUUAUAGCUUAAGUUUUCUCCAAACUGAUUUUUUUCUGAAUACAAUAAACUAUUGGAUGGGUCUUAGGUGGA